AUGGCGGCACUCAAAUUUGUCAGAUCGGUACUGAAGUCUUUCCAAGUGGAAUCCGGUCUUGAGCCGAGGCUUUUUGGCGAGAAUCUCAGAGUCACAGCCGCAGAGCCUGGCCGCGUAGAAUUUGAGCUCGAUAUUCUCAAGGAGCACACGAAUCGUCUCAGUAUCAUCCAUGGUGGAACCAUUGCCAGCAUGGUUGACCUUGGUGGCUCUCUUGCUGUGGCAUCGAGAGGCUUGUAUGCUACAGGUGUCUCGACUGACCUGAACGUAACAUACCUCAAUUCGGGAGGACAGGUUGGAGAUGUUCUGAAGGCUAUCGUAAAGUGUGAUAAAUGUGAGUUGAGCUCCCUUGUCCUGACAGAGGAGCCGGCAUCAAUUUUUCGGCAAAACCCUUGCAUAUACAUCAAUCGAAUUCAUCAACGGCAAAGGAGAUAUUGCUGCGCGAGGCAGUCAUACAAAGUAAGCCCCUCAGAAAUCAGAAUGGAACUUCCCAGCUUCAUGACAGUCACAAAACUCUUUACGUUGCUAAAUAUCUGGCAGAUACGUCGCCAGGCCUGGAAGCACCCAGAAAAUAUUGUUGAACAGCUCUCUCCAAGGAAAUGA